AUGGACGAUCAGGAGUAUUUAGAAAAACUGAAACCCUUCCAAGAGGGUAUCCCAGCGUGGAACCUAGAGGCCAACAAGAAGCAGUACUUAUUGAAAGAUCAAAAGAAACAUGAUUUCGACUUGGAAGGAACGAUAAAGAGGUUUCAGCAUCUAUUGAAUCUAAGUGGACUUUUCAGGCACUUCAUCGAACGAAAAGCUGCCAGAGACGCCAAAUUUCAGAAAGUUCUGCACAUUUUGGACAAUCCUGAUCAUACAAAAUCUAAAAGUAGUGCACACAAGGACAAAAGAAGGCGGAAGACAGAGACCGAAGAAGAUGCUGAGCUAUUACGAGAUGAGGAAGACGAGGUUGAUGGUGAGAUUGACUAUCAAUUUCGCGAAUCACCGCCCUUCGUCAAUGGGUCUCUGAGGCCAUACCAGAUUCUUGGAGUUAACUGGCUUGUAUCAUUGCAUAAAAAUGGCCUAGCCGGAAUUCUUGCUGACGAGAUGGGGUUGGGAAAGACUCUCCAAACCAUUGCGUUUUUGGGCUAUUUGCGGUACGUCGAGAAAACGAACGGCCCGUUUGUUGUUAUCGCUCCCAAAUCUACACUUAAUAACUGGCUCAGGGAAAUUAAUAGGUGGACACCUGAAGUGCGUGCAUUCAUUUUGCAAGGUGACAAAGAAGAAAGAGCUAAGUUGGUAUCUGGCAAACUUCUAGCCUGUGACUUUGAUAUAGUAGUGGCCUCGUACGAGAUCAUUAUCAGAGAGAAAUCUGCAUUUAAAAAGAUCGACUGGCAGUAUAUUAUCAUUGAUGAAGCUCACAGAAUCAAAAACGAAGAAUCGUUGCUUUCUCAAGUUCUCAGAGAGUUUAGCUCUCGCAACAGAUUACUUAUUACUGGUACACCGCUACAAAAUAAUCUUCACGAGCUUUGGGCCUUAUUAAACUUUUUGCUUCCUGACGUUUUUUCAGAUUCACAAGCUUUCGAUGACUGGUUCUCUUCAGAGUCUACUGAGGAAGACAAGGAUACAAUCGUCAAGCAGUUGCACACAGUUUUACAACCAUUUCUGUUGCGUAGACUAAAAAACGAAGUCGAGACCUCUCUUCUCCCCAAACAGGAGCUCAAUUUAUACAUUGGGAUGUCGACAAUGCAAAAAAAGUGGUAUAAACAGAUCUUAGAAAAGGAUUUGGAUGCUGUAAAUGGUGCAAACGGUACGAAAGAAUCAAAGACCAGGCUUUUAAAUAUUAUGAUGCAAUUGAGAAAAUGCUGCAAUCAUCCAUACCUUUUCGACGGUGCUGAACCUGGGCCACCUUACACUACCGACGAGCAUCUAGUUUACAAUUCCGCCAAGCUCAAAGUUUUGGACAAAUUACUGAAAAAGUACAAAGAAGAAGGGUCCCGAGUUUUGAUCUUCAGUCAAAUGUCCAGAGUUUUAGACAUUUUGGAGGACUACUGCUACUUUAGAGAAUAUGAAUAUUGCAGAAUUGAUGGAUCAACCGCGCAUGAAGAUAGAAUCGAAGCGAUUGACGAAUACAACGCACCAGAUUCCAAAAAAUUUGUGUUUCUGUUGACUACCCGUGCCGGUGGCCUGGGUAUCAACUUGACAACUGCAGAUAUUGUUGUGCUUUAUGAUUCAGAUUGGAACCCACAAGCGGACUUGCAAGCCAUGGACAGAGCUCAUCGUAUUGGUCAGAAGAAACAAGUCAAAGUGUUCAGACUAGUGACCGACAAUUCUGUGGAAGAAAAGAUCCUCGAAAGAGCUACUCAAAAAUUGAGACUAGACCAACUGGUCAUACAACAGAGUAGAGGCGCUGCCAACAACAAAGACUUGAAGAAAGGCGACAGCAAAGACGCUUUGCUGACGAUGAUUCAACAUGGUGCUGCUGAUGUUUUCAACUCUAACAGUGAGGUUUCUAGUAGCAAAGGCACUCCGCAACCAAAUUCCUCUGGUGACGUUGAUGGAGACUUCGACCUUGACGGCCUACUAGCGAAAUCUGAGGACAAGACACAGUCUCUUAAUUCAAAAUAUGAAGCUCUUGGUUUGGAUGAUCUACAAAAAUUUAAUCAAGACUCUGCCUACGAGUGGAAUGGACAAGAUUUCAAAAAGAAAGUCAAUAAAGAUAUCAUAAGUCCAACUUUAAUAAACCCCACGAAACGUGAACGUAAGGAAAAUUACAACAUCGAUGGGUACUACAAGGACAAAUUGAACCCUGGCAGGUCGACGACCCCAGCCCAGCCUAGGAUGCCAAGGCCCCAACCAUUUAAUAGUCAUCAGUUGUUGUCACCUCAAUUGAAGGUUUUGUAUGAAAAGGAGAGAAUGUGGAAUACUAAGAAGAAUAAUUAUAUCCCAACAAUGGAUGAUGUUAAGGCAACAUAUGGUGAAAUCGCUGAUGAGGAGGAGAAACAAAAAAAAUUAAACAUGCUCUUGCUUGCAGUGAGUAACGCCCAACCGCUGAGCGAGGAGGAAUUGAAGCAGAAGGCCGACUUAGAGUCCGAGGGCUUCACGAAUUGGAACAAGAACGAUUUCCGUAAGUUCAUCGCUUCUUGUGGUAAAUAUGGGAGGAACUCGAUUAAAGCGAUCGCGUUGGAUUUUGCACCACACAAGACCGAGCAGGAAAUCAGGGAAUAUGCCAAAGCAUUCUGGGCAAAUAUACAACGAGUUGAAGAUUACGAAAGGUACGUGAAGAAUAUUGAAGCGGAAGAAGAAAGGAUAAGACGAACCAAGCUGCAACAAGAAUCUUUACGCCGUAAAAUCGCACAGUGCAGCAAUCCGUUAUUUGAUCUUACAUUAAGAUAUCCACCUUCAAAUAGUAACAAGCGAGUGUUUUCCGAGGAAGAAGACAGGUUCUUACUAUUGAUGCUAUUCAAAUACGGUAUUGAUCGCGAGAACGUGUACGAACUGAUCAGGGAUGAGAUCCGCAACUGUCCGCUUUUUGAAAUGGACUUUUUCUUUCAAAGCCGGACUCCAAUCGAGCUCAACAGACGUACGAUAACUUUGUUGCAGUGUUUGGAGAAGGAGUUCAACUCGGGAGUGGUGUUGGAUGAAGAAAUGAAGCAGCGCUUGGCUAAGGAGGAUGAGUACGCUAGGGUUGCAGCUGAGGAGGAGAAGAAGAAGGAGGAGGAGGAGAAGGAAGAGGAGAAGGAGGAGAAGGAGGAGGAGGAAGAAGACGCACCGAAGCUGGAGGUUACGGAAACUGCAGAAAGCGAAAUUAACGGUCACGAAAUUAAUGUCACUAAUGGUGCGAACGGCACGAACGGCACGAACGGCGCGAACAGUGCGAAAGGCGCAAACGGCUCGAACGACAUCGACGGUGUAAGCGUCAAGCGGGACGCCGAGACCCCUGAAUCGGAGCCUGUUGCGAAAAAGGCCAAAGCUGAGUAA